UGACUUUAGAUGAGCAAAUGAAAUUUUCUAAAACAAGUACAUGGAGUAUGGUUUUCAAUAAAAUUUAUGGAGGUCCAAAGCAGGACCUUGUAUUUAAAAUGUCUGUUUCACCAAAUGGCAAAAUUUUAGCUGCUAUACACAUAUCUGGAGCUCUUUCUUUGUGGGAUUUGCCAUCUUUAAGGCUAAAAAAGUAUUGGGGCCUUCAGUUGCAGCCAAAUUAUGCAGAUAUUAAUCCUCGUUGCUGUGAACCUGGAAUGAAAAAGAAGUUUGAUUUCCUUAUGUUGAGUCCAUUUCAGAGUCAUAUCAUUGAUGUAAAUUGGUGGUCCGAUGAAGCUGUUAUAAUGGUGAGGGUGUGUGGUGCUGUAACAGUUUCAUCAAUAAAUUCUCUGAGGAAUCUAUUAGGCAUUUCUCCAGAAUGGUUUGAGCCAUCACCAGCUGUUACAUCAUUUUACAAUGGAGGAUUUCUUGCUGUUGAGUGUGAAGUGAAAAUGAAGAAUAAGAAACGUUCACUUGAAGAUAAUAGUGAAGAUGAUGAAAGUAGUGAUGAUGAUGAUGAGCCCUCAAUAUUUGCUUACAGUGCUGAAAUGGCGCAGAAAGCUCUUUACUUCAUUUCUGAUAGUGAGAGAUUUCGACCUCCCAAAAAGAAAAUGAAGAAGAUUUCGAAAAUUUAUCGACUAUUAUGUUUGAAAUCUACUACUCCAGAGGAGCUAUAUACAAGAAAGAUAAAUAAUGAAGAGUAUGGAGAAGCAUUAGUACUUGCUCAAACCUAUAAUUUGGACUGUGAUCUUGUGUACCAAAAGCAAUGGAGAAAAAUGCCUGCCACUGUUGAAACCAUUCAUGAUUAUCUUAGUAAAAUUACUAAAAGAUCUUGGGUGCUUCAUGAGUGUAUUGAGCGAGUACCAGAGAAUUUUGAAGCUGCUAAAGAGUUACUUUUGUUUGGUUUGCAAGGAACUGAUUUGAAAGCAUUAAUAGCUAUUGGCAAAGGGGAAGACCAUGGGAGAUUUAUACUUUGCAGUCCUUACGAAGACAUUCCAAGUGAUUUUGGCUCCUCUUUAGGGUAUAAUUUUGAUAUGGAGGAUGUUGAAGCUCUCAAAGAAAAAUAUCAAGAGAAGAAACACUCUGAGUUGUUAAAGCAAAUAAAUUUCAAAAAGCUUAAUUUGGAGCAAAAGCAGCUUUGCCUGUGCAGAUUGAAGCUUUUGUCUUAUUUGGACAAACUAACAGCCUAUGAAGCUAUCCUUGGAGGUCCCUUGAUGGCUUAUGAGCAGUAUGAUCAUAAAUUUUUCAAGCAAUUUCGCUCACAAUGUGGCUUGGAGGCAGCUAUUUACUUUGCUAGCAAUUCUAAUUGGCAGGCCAUUGCAACUUUGUUUACUUACAAUGGAGCAGAAACUCUUCCUCACAGAUUGCCUAUUCUAAGUUUUUUCCCUGAAACAACAAAUCCUUCAGAUUACCAAACAUUACUUCCUCUCUUUAAUGAGCAUGAGUCAAGUUUUUAUUCAUGGGAGGAAGAGGAAAUAAGAGAACCAGAUUGGUGUGAAAUAAAAUUUCAAAAAAAUGCUGCCAUUCCCACUGCCGUAGAUGAUUUUGUUGAAAGCUUUUAUGAAAAAUAUGACAAUCUUAUUAAGUACAGAGAAUUUCUAUUGACAAGUGAAGUAGUUACAGAGUGGUAUAUUCUGAGAUCCAAGGAAAUUGAAGAAAAAACUUCUUUGAUUGAUAAUGCUUUAGAAUUGGUAAAGCUUGGAGUACAGAGAAAUAUUCAGGGUCUAGAAAAGUUACAAGAUGAUUUGUUGACUUUAGAAGUUUUGAUUUAUGAGUGCUCUAUCAGUGAUAUUUGUUUGCCCGAAUAUGAAGAGUUACCUGCCUUUGAAAGAAUUAAGCUCAUGAUGUCAACAACCUCUGAUGUGAACUUUAUUAAGAAUCUUCAGCAAUGGUUGCUUCCUUUUCUUGAUCGAUGUGACAAGUAUGAGCCAACUUCUGGGAAAAUGCUGUUAAAAACUUAUAUUUUAUCGGUUUCAAAGAAUGAUUUAUGUUACUGCAAGAAGAUAGUGGAAAAUUCCUGCUGUGAGAAUGCUCCUAUCAUCUCAGACUUCAAUGAAUUAGUUUCUUUGGGACUUGACUGCAUCUAUUAUUGUGAAAGAUCUGAUCAAGUAAAAGUGGUGAAAGAAAUUUAUGAUUUAAUUACAGCUAUCCCAGAUCUGCGUUAUAAGUGCAUGGCAAAGAAUUUGCAGUCGCUCCUGGAUAAUCUAGAUGAAUUGCAAAAGCAUAUAAGCAUAGCAGAAAUUUUGGACAAGAAUAGUUUAUUUGUAACAUUAGCAAUAGUGAAAAAUAUUUCCAAAGAUGAAGAAGAGGUAAAGAAGCUUUUAGUUAAACUAACAAGAAUGGCAAGUCACAGAUGCCCAAGUCUUGAUGAAAAUGGGUGGAAUUUACUUCUGUCUGAUGUCUUAGAAAUGCAGCAAAUCUUAUUCAAGUGCAUAACAUUUGAAGAUUGUUAUGAGAUUGUUUUACAAUCACUUCUUUGCUCUGGAAAACCUGAAAAUAUUACUUUUGCUGGUAAGAUGAUGGAAUGUAAUAAAAAACAGAAGAAAAGAGAACAAAUCUUUGGUCAAUUUUCAUUCAAAUUACCAUAUACAAAAUCUGUGAAAUUGGUUUUGGCCGCUUCUCAGGAGUAUUUCAAUUCAUCUGCAAGUCCAAAUGAUCCAUGUAUGGCUCUUGCAAGGGCUUGUUUAAAUUUAAUUGAAGAUGUUCCUGCAAAUAUUGAGGAAGAACUUGAUUUGAUUGCAUCAAUAUCAUUGCUUCAAGAUUUUAAUCUGAAUGUUUUGCCAUUACAAGUGAGACUCUGUGAAAAUAGAAUAAAUUUAAUUCAAGAAGCUUUGCAAAAGAAUAAUAAAAGUUAUAAAAAGUCGAAAAAGAUAAUGAAACUUGCCUAUCUUUUGAGAGCUUGGAGCAAAGAUAGUGAAGAAAGAGAAGGAAAAGUUUUAACCCUACUUGCUGAGCGGGCUUUUGAGGUUAAAGACUAUGCUGAAUGCUUUACUGCCUGUAAGCAGAUAAUGGAGAAAGGAUAUAAAGAUGGCUGGUUAGUGUGUAACACAUUAGGUAGCUGUGAUGAAUUCAAUAAAAUUCCAGCAAGGUGUGAUCUUUUAUCUUUUUCUGUUUCGUACUGUUCUGAAGAUCACAUGCAAGAUAUUUUAAAAGCAAGGUCAGAACUACAACUCCAGGCUCUACAGGGUAGAGUAAAGUAUCUUAUUGGUGAUGAUGCGGUAAAAUUAUGUGAAAAAAAUUCUUUGUCAUUGUUUCAGGAGGCAGAAAGCUCAGAAACUGAUACAAAUGGCACAAAUGCUUUAUGGCAUGCUACUGGGAAAACUCUUCAGGUGUUACAAACAACUACACAAACAACAAAAGCAGCUUUAACAUCAGUUAAGAGUACAAAAUUUUGGAAAGAUGCUGUCAACUGGAUUCAACCACUUGGAAUAUCUUGGAAAGAAAAUAUGUCUGAUAUUGAUGAAAAUUGUAACAAAAGUUUUAACAAGCAAGGAAUUUGUGAUUUCUAUUCUGGGCUAAUUGAAAAUUCUCAUAUCAGUAAAUUAGAAGUUAACUACUUUCGAUAUGCUAGACCUGAUUUUCCUCAGUCGCUGGAGAUUGCUUUCUGUAUAUUUCGUGCAUGUUUAUUAGAAGAUUUUUUGAAAUAUGAAUCAUCUAAGACUGCUGUUGAAAAUCCCGUUAUAUUUGAUAUUGCAAGAGCCUUUUUAUCAGAAGAUUUAGUUUACAGCCUUUGUGUGCUUUUAACCUUCAAAGAGGGAGAAGAAGCAGAACCUUUCCUUUCUUCAUUACCAAGUACACCUUUAGUUUUGCAAUUUGGAAGUCUUUAUUUUGCUAUCAAGCUACUGAAUGAAAUAGGCACAGCAACUUUUUCAGUUGAUAAUGAUGAUGAUUUAAAUCCUUUGGAUAUUAUAAAAAAGGCUUUGGAUGUAGAAAAAUCUGGCAUGGUAUUGGAUGAAAAAAGUAGGAAAUAUUAUGACCUUCUCCAAAAAUACAAUAAAAUGUUGUAUGAUUUCAUACAAGCUGAAAUUUUACACAGUAUUGGUGGGGGAGUAGAUGCUACACGAUUUACUACUGAUGAUGUGUAUAAAAAAGAUACGAUUUUAGGUAUUUCUAUGACCUUGGAUGAUGAAGUGUUUCACACUGCUGUAUCUUUAGCACAUCAUUAUUCUGUUCCUCUUUGGGAUCUCUACAUCACUCAUCUAGAAUACUUGUUUUCAGAACCAAGCACAAUCUCAAGUAUUAUAUCAGAACGAUUAGAAAAGUUGAGUUUGUUACAAAAAUUGCUUGAAAAGAAGAAUUUAUUUCAAGCCCAUUUGCAAAAUAAUAUAUAUCCUGGUAUUCAUGGGCAGGAUCAUGAUAAGCUCAACCUGUGUUUUUCAUUGUUAGAAUCGUGUGGAGAUAAUAAAGACAAGAUUGGAAUUUCUCCCAGUCAUCAUAAAAAACUUCUGAAUAAAUUUAGAUCUUCUAUGAAAAGCAUCAAUUACAAGUUAAUUAUGAGUGCUGAGAGUUCUCUUUCUUACCUGGCAAGCAUAAUCAAUGAGUCCAAUGUUCACGUUUUUGCCAAAGCGGCAGAAAGUAUCCCAAAAGCAGAUGAAGUGUUUUACGAGCCUGGAAAUAUCUAUUGUCUUUGGCUUCAAAAAUAUUUCUUUGAAGGGAGUUCUGUCAGUUCAAAAACUCCUACAACAAAGACUGAAUGGAUCCACAGGUAUGAAUCUUGUUCUGAUACAUUACAACGGUUAAGCCCAGAUGAUAUUUUGCAGUUCAUUCACCAUGUAAUAUUUUCUGAUCAAGCUCUAGAAAAAAUGAGUGUGGAUUGCAGAGCAGAGGUUGUGAAACGGUGUAUAAAAUUUUGCCGUACAAAAUGCACAAAAACGAAAAAUGACAUUGAAUUAAGUUCUUCAUGGAAUGAGGCUUCCAGUGUUCUUUCUGAUUAUUUCCGUCACCUUCAGAGGAUGGAAGAUGAGACAUUAAAACAAUUGCGGGAAUCAUUUGAUCCCAAGAUAAGAAGUUAUUGCAAGGAUUUUGAUAUUUCAAAAUCAAACACUGAGAAGUUACAAAAUCUUUUAGUCAGAAUUGUUUUAGAAGGACCGGACCUAUCAUCAUUGAAAAACUUUCUGUCUUGCUGUCCUGAAAACAUAGAUUGGGAGCCUGCUGAUGCUUAUUUGAAGGCUAUACACGUUAUACUUUUGCAAAUGAAGGAGCCUCAAACUGAUUCCUAUAAAUGUUUUAAAGCAGCUGCUCCAAUACAUAUGUUAGAUGAAAUUUUAAAAGACAUCUCAGAUAAAAAAGAAGAAUUGAUGAUUGAAGACAUAGCUGUUGAAAUUUUGAAUGAGUUUUGUCAAGAUGCAAAUGUAUCUGUAUCUACAAGAUUAAGUAUUUUACAAUUACUAGAGAAAACAAACUGUUUGUCACCUGAAUAUGAUAAUUUGCUUCUUUUAUAUCGUACUCAAGCCAUUAUUUCAUCUGUUUGGCCUGAUAUUGAAAUAUCAGAAGAAGAAAUAAAAGACAACAAUGAAAGAAUACUUUUAUUUAAUAGCCUUAAUGCAAAAAGUAGAAGUGUGAACCAGUUUACAUCUCUAGCUAAAUUGUUGAAUUAUUGGCCUCCUUUUCCACAAGAACAGUUUAGUGAUCAUUUAGAUGAACCAUUUACGAAAGUGUUAAGUGGCUUGAUAUCUCUAUCUGAUGACAGUGCUUUAAAAGCAGCAUUGGAUGCAUUAGAAAUUGCUUUGCUAUCACAAUCUUUUAACGCACAGUGUUCUAAAGAGAUAUUUGAAAGAAUGAAAGAAAAGGGUAACAUAAUUCAUAUACUAAAGACUGCCCUUAAAACAGAAUAUGUAGAAUUGCAUGAUGCAGCAUUAGAUAUUUUAAAAACCAAAAAUGAAAUCACACCAGAAGACUAUGAUACUGAACUAUUACAUUUGAUUUUGAAAAGAAACCUGGUGGCAAAAAUAAUUUCCACUGGUUUAUAUAAACCUGCAAUAGAAUUUUUACUGCAUUGCCAAGAUGACAGCCAUCAGGAAGAUUACAUGUUAAUUGAUAAUGUGAUAAAAGAAUUGCAUGAGGCUGGCUAUACUUUUGAAGCUGGAAGUCUUUUACAAAUUAAAUGUUCAACUCAUUCUGGUCUCAGUACUUUCUCUUCGGCAAUACAUGUUCUACAUAGGUGGAUUUCUGUAAAUAAAUCUUAAAAUUUAU